AUGAAUGGCUUUGUGGCGGCGGGCGUCGCCGUGCCGGUGCUGGCGGCGCCCCCUCACGGCCGAGCGAAGGCGGUCGGGCCCGUCAUGUUUGCGUCGAUGGACCAGCUGUUGCCGUCGGUAACGAGCAAGAAGCGAGCGCAGCUGGCCGCCGCCGCCGCCGGCUCGAGGACGUCCGGCGGAGCUCGCCAGGUGGCGCCGGCAGCCGGUGCAUCGCCGUCGCCAACCUCGGUGGCGCCUUCGGUGGCGGGGACGCUGCCGUCUAGUCAACCGAUGAUGCUGCAGACUUCGGCUUCCGCGAUGUCGAUGCCCAUGUUGACCCUGCAGGUCACCGCCGCACCGCCGGCGACGCCGACGACAACGGAGCAUCCGACGGCGACCGCCGCGUCGCAGUUUGUUCUCACGAUCCCCGGCGCGUCGCCGCUCAUGUCCGUGCUGCCGCCUAGUGGCCGCUGA